AUGCUCAAACCAACAGAUCCAGCCGCUAUCGCCGAACUGCAAUUCAAGAAUGCCUCCACCAAAGACCUUCCAGCCGCCAGACGCGCGCUCAUAGCCGCGCACAAACUCACCGUAAAGGCCCUCGACCGCAAUAACCCCAACUCCAAUAUCCCAGAUGAGUCCUGGACCGCCGAAGAAGUCGAAGCCGCCAACCAGAUCCUCCGCAACAGAAACCUUGGCACCAUCAUCAAAGAAGACACCGCCAUGUGGGACCUGCUCACACACACCAGCCAGAAGAUCAUGGUGUUCUACGCUACACCGGCUUGUCACUGGAUUCCCGCGAUCGUGAAGGCGGCGGCGCUAAGGACUAAGGGUAUCGAGGAGAAGCUGGGGAAAGGCGGAGGCGAGGAAGCUGUUCGCGCCGCCGUUUGUGGUGACAGUCAUUGGGCAUUCGGGGAUUACGUUCAUGAUGGUGCCGGUGUUGGUGAGGGAUUUGCAGCCGGGUGGGUUGGUGUUGGGGCCCGAGUUGGAGGAGGCGAAGGGGUUGGUUCCUGUUAA